CUUGACUUUUUUGUGCAGUCUUUGAAUGUGACCCAAGAGUUGCCAUCUCGACUCUCUAAGGUUCUAUAUUUGGAAGCAGUCUCAUUUAUAACUCCGCCCUCACUUGUCGCGAUAAACUUUAGGAUAUCAACAUAAAAACAGCCGGAGGCUGUCGAAUGGGGACCUGUAACCACGUGGGACUUACCUUCAGAGAACUUAUAUAGAGCACCGCAAUAGAGACUGGUAUUCAAACGUCCAUAGGAAACAACAGAAGAGGGUGACUAUUUCUUCAACAAGAAACACAUAGGCCUAUUCAAAAACGACGAGUUGUACUCAAUUGACAACAAAACUUGAAAGAAAAAUGAAUAGCUUACGUUUAUUAUUGAUGGCUUUAGUGGUCGCAUUUGUCAGUGCAGAGCAUUAUAGAGGUGGAACCUUCAGUUGGAAGGCAACUAAAGACGGUAAGGUUGACAUUCAGUGGAGGCUAUCAUGGGCGCGAGAGCGAAAAGACGAUAAAAAAUAUGGCACAUAUCCAUUCAAGUGUUCGGAGUCGAAGUUGCGUUUAGAUGGAGAAGGGUAUUUGAUAUGCAUGGAGUGUACAAAUCAUAUUGUCUACCCAGAAAGUUUAUACUUAAACUGCACAAAUUGGGAUGCGAAGGAAAAUUGGAUUACAGGAGUGGGCAGGUUUAUAUAUACACCGGAAGAAGGAAGACGCCACUUCACACUUUCGUACCAACUGUCUAAUAGACGGGGUGAAUUCAAUUACGGCAGCCAGUGGAUAUAUAAUAUGAAGAAUUAUGGUACUGCUGGCCUUGCUUGGAGAAUGGUCACCACCGUUGACUUGAACAUCACCAACAACUCUCCAAUCACGACUCAUCCAGCAAUGAUCACUUUCAUAAAGGAAUGUGGGAACGUGUCCGUUCAAAUUCCAGUGACAGACCCCGAUAAUGACGAUGUAAAGUGCCGAUGGACAAACAAAGACAACGAGUGUCCUAAACAAGCUUGUAAUUACAAAGGAUGCUCUAACCAUCGCGUGUGUGGAGAUCCCUUCCCAGGUGCCACAGUCGAUGAAAAUGAAUGCCGUUAUUUCUUCCCUGUUUCCCAAAUGGAACCGGGAUGGUAUGCUGUACCAAUCACUCUUGAAGAUCACCGACGAGGUGUUCCUGGUCGUUUGGAAAGUGGCGCUCUUAGCAAGAUUCCGCUUCAGUUUCUCAUUAAGGUCGAAUCAGAGGGUGAAUGCAGAAAUAUUAACUUCGAAAAUUAUACGCAAUGCCACACCAUCACACCUGGUCAGGACUGGAGCUAUGAGCUGAAAGUGAACAGUGCUGAUGUUCAAAUUAUUAUUGAGCGACCAAGCGUAGAUUUCAAAGUUGGCCCAUUGAAUAAGAAUAAAAAGAAGAAUUAUUCUAGCAAGGUUGUAUCGUGGACACCAAAAGUAUCAGACAUCGGAAAACACUUUGUACUCUUCCAUGACAGCUUUUUCAGAAACUAUGGAAAUCUUACCAUCCUGGUUCGAAAGAAAACCACACCACCAGGUGUGUUACUAAUGGAGUCUUAUCCUUCUCCCAACACUGAAGUCACCCCAGAUAGGAAGUGGAAAAUCAAAUUUGACAAAGCGGUUAUAAGGCCAAUAAAGCCAGCGUUUAUAACUGUCAUAGACCUAAAAACUGAAAAGGUAGCUGCUAAAUACGAUGUAUCUGACAAAAUGCAAGUUAAAAUAUCUGAGAAGUAUCCUAACACCUUGGUAAUCGAUAGCCCAUACGAUAAUUUAAAAGCAGGCUCUAAAUACAUGUUGAAGGUGGACGCGGGAGUGGCUACAAAAAUCUGUGAUAACCCUUGUGCUGGGGGAGAAUGUGCAUUGGUAAAUAGUAUCGAAGCGUCAUGGCCUAUCAAAACUCCACCCAUGCCUGAACCCACAGUGGAGUGUGGUCCUUCUAGUCUGACCGUGUACGUCCCACUUGCUUAUGUAGAAGGCGUACCAGCUAAUGCGCUCAGAUUCAUCGAUAGCUGCUAUGCAGAACCAUAUAACUCCACUCACUACAAAAUGACAACAGGAUUCGAAGAAUGUGGCACUAUAGCUGAAGAACCAACUCCUGGGCGGCUAAUCUUUAAAAACAUUGUAAGCGACGUGCCUAAAGCAAUUGCAGAAGGGCUCCCAGUCACCAGAACUCAGCGGACAGUCAAAAUCAAUGUUACGUGUGAAGUCAAGGGUAUAAGUUACUACGAUGUUAGCUUCACGCCAUCAGACGCCAUGGAAGCAUUUGCUGUUGAAGGAAAAUCUAGGCUCAACACUUUGUUGAAACUGUAUGAGGACAUUACAUAUAGCCGUGAAUACAGAAAAGAGGAUUUACCAAAAUCCGUUAAACUGAAGCGUAGAUUGUUUUUUGGUCUAGAAGCAGUGGACAAAGCCAAAGCUCUUCAGAUAAUCAGUUGCACAGCAAUUCCAAGACGAACGCCAAGAUGCAAAGGUGAACGGUAUACAUUUAUUGAAGAUGGAUGUCCCGUGGACAGCACCUUUCGAUUUGAGCAGACCAACUCAGGAUAUGAGAAAAGGUUUUCGAUAAAAGCAUUUAGCUUUUUGUUUUACAGAUCAACAGAAGAGGUUUUAGUGAAAUGUAAAGCUGCGAUUUGCAAUCCGGAUGACAUGAGUUCGCUUUGCACGCAGGUGCUUACUAAACAAUGUUCAGAUGCCAUCCUCAGAGCAGGCGUAAAUGAUGUGAUUGCAGAUGUUACGCUGCCAGUCAGUGGUUAAAUAUUACGCGACAUCCUAUUUCAUCCAAAUCCGAAACAUGUUCCCAUAACGACGAAGAUGUCAUUCUUUUGUUUAUCCUAAAUUAUUGAUUAUUAUGAUACAAGUAUUACUCCUACAGUGGGGUCAUACAUUGACUACCGGUACUUAAAUGACGUAAUUUAUUAGUUCGCAUGUUUAUAGUUCUAAAGUAAUUAUGUAUGCCUAUAGAAUAGUUGAUUGGUAUAAAGAUCAACGAAAGCAUUAACAUUCAGAAGAUUCUGCUUUGUUCACUUUGAUGUUCCAAAAAUAAAUUUUAAAUAAAAAUAGAAAGGUGUAGUUUGUGAAAAGACGUAGUUAUCGUUAGAAAAUAAAAUCUAUUUCAAAUUGCAA